UCCACUCCUUCUCUCUUCCCACCUUUCUCUUAUCUUAUUGCUUUUAUUUCUAACUUUUCUAUUUGCCAAUUCUCCCUCUCCACUCUGGCAUCCUCGUCCGUACUCUGUCUUUUCCUCUCCCACCGGUUACCGUUCCACCCAGUCACCCUCCUCACACGUGCUUUCACUCCUAAACCACCCUCACACGAGCCAUCCCUCACCCAUACAGUUUAACUAAAAACAACACCCUUUUGUGAUGGUGCAACAAAAAAGCCAGAUACAAAAUCAAGCUUUGCUUAGAGAAAAUAUAUAGUUUAUAAAUUCAUAAAAUUCUAUAGAUUUUUUUCUUGGUCAAUGAGUUCAUGAAAUAGUUUGGGUUCUUACUGUUUUUUUUACUAUCAUUAUUUUCCUCAAAAUCUAAUCUAGAUUUUCUAUGUUGGGUGAUUUUUCAUUUUUCAUUUUUCAUGUUUAAAAGUUUUGUGAGCUAAAUAUCUUUUGCACUUAUGAGGAUCCGAAAGAGGCAACUACCUUUCUCUCUUUCGCCCGUGACUUUCUCAGAUCCCAACUUUAUCAACGGGUCACCGGAGGUGGUGCAACUCAACGAUGCAACAACCACUUCACCAAAACAUUCUUGCAUUCAAGCCUUGGAUCAUCCACAACCGUCCGUUCAACCAGUCCCACCGAUCGGGAAACCAAUCAACGGCUGUGAUGAUUCCUUAACUGACGAGAGACAGCACAAGAAGCAACCGAUUUUGGUAGAAGAUGGGAGAGGGCAAGUUGGGGAAGAGGGACAGAAGGUUAAUGAUAACAGGAAAGGAAGUAUCUCAAGUGCACCAAUAUCAACUGAGCUUUUCGCAUCCUCAAGCCCUUCUUGUUCUAGUUAUAAACAAGAUUGGAGAUGGAAAGAUGGAGAGAAAGCCUUUCCUCUAAAGAAACGGAGAGGAAGUUUUGCGACGAAUAACAACCGCAACAGCAACAAAGACAAUAAUAAUACGAAGAAGAAGAUGAAGAUGAAGAACAAGAUGAAUAAGAAGUGUUAUGAUAAUAAUGGAGGCAGUGGUGAAGAAGAGGUAGUGGUUAUUAGAGAGACAAAACAGAAGAAGGUAAGAGGUGGUGCACUCAUGGAAGGUUCGCGGUGCAGUCGUGUUAAUGGAAGAGGAUGGAGAUGUUGUCAACCAACACUAGUUGGUUAUUCUCUUUGUGAGCAUCAUUUAGGGAAAGGAAGGCUGAGAAGCAUGGCAAGUGUAAGAAAAAGGUCUCUUGUUGCUGCAAAGAAUCAUAAUGUUCAAGACAUGUCAAUAUCUCCAUCAAUUGAAAUGAAAACAAAGUUUGAUGGCGCAGACAACGAUGAUGAUGAUGAUGAUGAUGAUGAUGAUGAUGAUGAUGAUGAUGAGAGAAAGCCAUUGGUGAUCACAAAGAAGAGGAUGAAGCUUGGAAUGGUUAAAGCACGAUCGAUGAGUAGUUUGUUGGGACAAACAAACAUUGAUCUUGCCAUAGUUGAGAAUAACAAGUAAGAGCAUUCAAGAAAAAAAAAAUCUGAAUAUUAUAUUAUACUGGUGAUGAAGAAAUUGUUAUUAUUUCGUUUAAUGUACUUAAGAUUGUGAGAGCUAUCUAAUAGUUGACAAUUACUUAUCGUGACUUCGUGAGUGCAAGUUCAACUUCUUAGUUUCUUAUCUGCAUGAGUCUUUUAUCUUAAUUAUCGUUUUCUUAGUUCAUAUUUUGUGAACCUUUUACUUGUGAUGUAAUUUUCCUGGAGAUUAUUAUUAUAUAUGAUAAUAUUGCACUGUGUGAUUUUUUCUGUGGAAUGCAAUUUUUUUUGGUCA